GCAACAACACACAGCAAGGCCAAAUGCACAAAUGGCAAAACAAAUUGCCGUCGUUACAGCUCCGUCCAUACCCAACAGCCGGCUGGACCCGUACGUGAAAUCCAAAUAGAUCCUUAUAUUAUUAUGGACGAUGAGCUGAAAUAUUUCUAUGAAGAUAUUAGAGAUCUACUUUCCCAAGGCACAACUCAAAUGGAACUGGACACCAUUGCCAAUUACUACAUUGAUGGUCAGGGUAAGGCCUUGCGACCAAUGAUUACAAUGCUCAUGUCCAAAGCCAUAAAUUAUCAUUUGAACAAAGAAUCAAGGGAAUUAUUGGAUAAACAACGACAAAUUGCCAUGUUCUCUGAAAUGGUGCAUUCAGCCAGUUUGGUACACGAUGAUGUUAUCGAUCAGUCUGAUUUUCGUCGCGGCAAACCCAGUGUUAAUGUUUUAUGGAAUCAUAAAAAGGUUACAAUGGCCGGCGAUUAUAUUCUGGCUGUGGCUUCAAUUAUGGUUGCUCGUCUAAAAUCGGAUGAUGUCACAAUAGUUAUGAGUCAGAUUUUAACGGAUUUGGUACAAGGCGAAUUCAUGCAGUUGGGUUCAAGGGAAACCGAAAAUGAACGCUUUGCCCACUAUUUGACAAAGACAUACAGGAAAACGGCUUCACUGAUAGCCAACACAUUGAAGGCGACGGCUGUCAUUGCCGAUGCCGAUGACAACCUCAAGGAAUUGGCAUUCCAAUAUGGUCGCAAUAUUGGUUUGGCUUUCCAACUUGUCGACGAUAUGUUGGACUUUGUCUCAUCGACCGAGACAAUGGGUAAACCUGCCGCUGCCGAUUUAAAAUUGGGUCUUGCAACGGCUCCCGUUUUAUUUGCCUGCGAAAAGUACCCCGAAUUGAAUCCCAUGAUUAUGCGUCGCUUCAGCGAACCUGGUGAUGUGGAACGUGCCUUUGAAUUGGUUCACAAAUCACAUGGUCUCGAGCAGACACGGUUUUUGGCCAAGAAACAUUGUAUUGAGGCGAUACGAUUGGCUCAGGAAUUGACCGAAUCACCCUAUCAGAAGGGUUUGCAGGUUGUUGCGGAUUUAGUUAUUAAUCGUAUGAAAUAAUACUUAGGGCUAAUUUAAUGCAAAAAAAAAAACAUACAAUCAAAAAAUCAUG